AAUGGCUUCCUGGUCUGUUCGCGUGGAAGCCUAAAUCCAUUAAAUCGAACACCGAAUGAUCAAUCAAUUCGAUUCUGUUGGCGAAUCUCUUAGCUGAUUCUUCUCGACAUGGAUCCUAAUGCGAUAUCUAUUAAUUUUAACAAAACCAGUAUUGAUUCCUUUAAUCGGUUGGUGAAAUUGACAGCUAGGGCUUUUUAUGAUGAUAUUACAACUAAAGGUGAUAAUCAGCCCAAGCCUGGGAGGACUGAUAAUAAAGGUCUUGCUGUUGUUGUACUUGAUGCCCUCACCAGGCGUCAAUGGGUAAGAGAAGAAGAUUUAGCAAAGGACUUAAAGCUGCACGCAAAGCAACUUCGUCGAAUAUUAAGGUUUUUUGAAGAAGAGAAACUAGUGACCCGAGAUCACAGGAAAGAGACUGCAAAAGGUGCAAAAAUAUACAGCGCUGCUGUUGCUGCCACUGCAGAUGGGCAUCAUACUGGAAAAGUGGGAGGGGAUAAGAUCAAGUUGCACACUCACUCUUAUUGUUGUCUGGAUUAUGCACAGAUAUAUGAUGUGGUGAGGUACCGGAUGCACCGCAUGAAGAAGAAGAUAAAAGAUGAACUGGAUGAUAGGAAUACAAUUCAGGAGUACGUAUGCCCAAACUGCAAGAGAAGAUAUAAUGCUCUAGACGCCCUACGACUUGUUUCUCUCGAGGAUGAGUUUUUUCACUGUGAGCAUUGCAACGGAGAAUUAGUGGAGGAGAGUGACAAGUUAGCAGCUGAAGAAAUGGGAGAUGGAGAUGACAAUGCAAGAAGAAGACGACGUGAAAAAUUCAGAGACAUGCUUCAAAAGUUUGAGGAGAAGCUUAAGCCUUUAAUGGAUCAACUCAACAGAGUCAAAGACUUGCCUGUUCCUGAAUUUAGAUCCCUCCAAGACUGGGAAGUUCAAGCAUAUGCUGCUGCACGUUCAAAUGCUGAUGCUAACGACAAUGAUCCCUCUAAAUCUACACAAUCUUAUAAUGGAAUUCCUAUGCCAUCUCUUGGAGAGACAAAGGUUGAAGUUGCCUUUUCUGGUGUUGGAAACGAUGGAGCACUUACUAAUUCUGAAAGUACAAGUACACCUGCGAAAGUUUUGCCUCCAUGGAUGGUCAGGAAAGGGAUGGUUCUUACGGAUGAGCAGCGUGGUGAGGUUAAGCAAGAGUCGAAAAUGGAGGAUGCUUCAGCUGCUGCAGACCUAUCUGAUGACAAGAAAUCUAUAGAUCAAAACAAUGAAAACAAUUUACAGGAUGCAUAUGCGAAAGCAUAUUAUGCUGCUCUACUUCAAAGGCAACGAGAACAAGAAGAAUGUAUUAACACAGAACAAGAGCCUUUGAACACAACCGGUGAUACAAGUUCGCGCCAAGUUGGCAUGAAAUCUAAACGCGGAUACAAUGGUGAUGGGGAGGAAGAUGAAUAUGUUGAAUGGGAAGAAGCUCCGAAAACCGGAAACACAGGUGGAACAUUGGACUUAAAUGUUGAAGCUGAUGCUUCAGGAGAUGAAGAAGAUGACAUUGACUGGGAGGAGGGCUAAAUCCAAUCAGAAUAUGGGCACAAUCGCCAUAGUCAUUGUCAGUGUCUUUAGUCGUGGGUAAAAUCCUCGACUCAGAGCCGUGCAAUUAAAUCCUUUGGCAUUUUAAGCAACUUUCGGACAUUUAACUCCAAAAAAACAUUCCCGUCUUUGUUUAGAUAAGAUUGUCAUGGGUCGGUAUUGAUAUAUCGAUUACAAAUUAUACAUGCAUAAUUGCACAGCUAGAGUUGUGGGUUUUAGAAGCCGAGAGGGGAGUUGACAUCAUAAAGUGUGUGAUGGGUGUUCUGAAUGUAUUACUCCCUAGAUAAUGACAUUAUCCAUAUAUGGAUGAUCUAGACCUACCAUG